CUGUGCAGGUGAAGAAGGGGAGAUACUUGCAAAGACGGGGAGACGCUAAGAGAGAGAACGUAGAAAGAGAGAAGAGAGGAGUGUAUUCCAAGACACAAUGAUUACUUCGUUUUGGGGGAGGCAGGAGGAGAGGCGUGGAAUUGGAAAGCGGAGGAUGGGACGGGAGCAGAACGUGGGGCUUGACCGAGGUGGGUCUCUCCAUCUAAUCUUUUUCCCAUGUUUUCUUUCCUUUCACCUUUUGCUCGGUUCAUCAGGCCUGGUCGGUUCCACUUCUAUUCUCUCCCUCUCGUUUCUUCUUCCUCCUCCACCUCCUUUCCUCUCUUCUCUCUCCUCUCCUCUCCUCUCCUCUCCUCAGAGCCGUAGCAGCAGCGUAAUAAUACGUCUAGGGGGCGGUGGAAGCCCUCGGAACAUGGGGAACCGCAGAGAGAAUCGCGUAAGAGCAAAGUAAGACACCUCCCCCGAGCUGGACUUUGCCGUACUCCCACAUAGCCAAAAGCAAGUUUCAUUUCUCCCGAAAGGAUUAUAAGCCCAAAGGGGAAGACAAAAAGGUCAUCCACCCCUCUAAAGGCAUCAUUGUAGCAUGCUAGCGCUGCGUCGUAAGAGCUAUAUACGCAUAGGGGGAAGUCACAGGUUUGGGAGUUCAAGAAUGGAGAACUGCGGAGAAGGCCAUGAAUUCCAAGCCUACCAAGAAGAAGACCACAACACCGUCGCCGCCGCCGCCGCCGCCGCCACCGCCAACAACAAUAGCAUUAGCAACAUCCAAAGUGGUGGGGGGUCUGCAACGUUUAUGUUCCCGGCCCAGGUCGCCAUGGGUGAUGGCGCUGGCGAUGCUGCUGCUUCUGGUCUCCUGCCUUGGCCACUUCCCCUCCUGAACAAUUUACAUCCGACUCACUUCCCGAGCUCGGGGCAAAUUCGCGAUCAAGACCGCUUCUUCCCUUCUCUUCCACCGCUUCCUCCUCUGCCACCGCCGCCCCCGCCCGCCUUCUACCACGACCUGCAUGCCCGUCGGGCUUCAGCCGCACUGCAGCUCGCUUACGAUGGUAGCGGCCUCGGUUCGUCGUCGUCGGACCCCUUGGGACUGGCGGGGCUUUACUUGGGACCCGAAGCAUUAAUUCGCGGCCGAGGGAUGAUGUCGUCCUCCCCCUUCGGAGCUCUUCAUGCCGAGCUGUGCAAGAUGACACCGCAGGAAAUCAUGGACGCGAAGGCGCUAGCCGCGUCAAAAAGCCAUAGCGAAGCCGAGCGGCGACGCCGCGAGCGCAUCAACGCCCAUCUCGCAAGACUGCGCAGCUUGCUUCCCAGCACCACCAAAACGGACAAGGCGUCAUUGCUAGCAGAGGUGAUUCAACACGUCAAAGAACUGAAGCGCCAGACGCUGGAGAUCGCGGAAGAGAGCCCACUUCCCACGGAGACCGACGAGCUCACCGUCGAUGCCACCAACGAUGAGGACGGCAAGUUUUUGGUCUCGGCUACGCUGUGCUGUGAUGACCGACCGGACCUCCUUCCGGACCUCAUCAAAGCCCUCAAGGCCUUAAAACUACGAACACUCAAGGCCGAGAUCACCACCCUCGGCGGCCGCAUCAAGAGCAUGCUCCUCAUCACCGGAGAGGAUGGUUCUGACCACCUGCAACAGGAGCAAUCCAUCGCGUCCAUCCAAGAUGCGCUCAAGGCCGUCAUGGAUCGGACAUCGUCAGCCGAUGAGGCAUCCACCGCCGGUGGCAUCAAGCGGCAGCGCACCACCAACUUGUCUAGCAUACUCGAACACAGGUCCAUUUAACUCAAACCAUACCAUGCACAUGUAAUGAUAGCUAGCGUGAUCAAACUAUAUACCUACCUUACAGUCAUUCAUGUUUCUCGUUUUCUUGCAUUGGCAGUAUUCAUACUUCUAUGUUUUUUAUUGUGUGGAGUUUAAUCCGAAGGGAAAUUAUCUUGGAUUUUUCAUCA